AUGGAAGAAUGUGAGUGUAAUGUCAUCUGUGCAUGUGGCUGUGGUAGGUUUUGUGGAGGUGUGGAAAUUCAUGAGGAUAUAGAUUUAGAAGGAAUUUCAAAAUGGGGAAGUAAUCUUGAAGAUAGAUUAAAAUCAAACAUGACAAAUGUAACCGGGCACCAUAUACUACAACAGCACUACAACAAAUACAAUCCACAGGCAACACAUUUUGAUCCAUUGAAAACAGAAGAUAUUGUAAAGGAAAUUUCAAAUAGUCUAACAGAAAUGUUGGAAAAAAGCAAGGAGGCUCUAAAAAAUUCUGUAAAUAUUGCUGAAGCUGUUGCUGCAGAUUAUGCAUGGAAACCUGAUUUAAAGAUUGGAAAUAUAACUUACUUUGAUUCAACAUCCUUAGCAGAUGAUGAUCUCCUUUUAGAGUACCAUCCACGCUUUCAACAACCUGUGAAUCUGUCAGCUUCUAGUGUCCAUAUUCCCGUAGAAAUUUAUAAAGGGGGUUAUUUCUUACCUACACCAGGCUUGAAGCCUACUGACGAUAUAGACAUACUCAAUGGAUUAGGAUGGUCAGCACAGCUUGAUAAAGUGUUUGAAGAUAAUUAUAACAAAAACAAAAAGUUAUUGUGGCAGUAUUUUGGAAGCCAGAGUGGUUUCAUGAGAAUGUAUCCUGCAAGCAGAUGGAGAACACACGGUAGUGUUGAUCUUUUUGAUGUGCGUAGACGUCCAUGGUAUACUCAAGGAGCAAGUUCACCCAAGGACAUGAUGAUUAUUAUUGAUACGAGUGGUAGUGUGCACGGGCAAGCCCUUCAACUUAUUAAGGUGGCAGUGAAAUCUUUAUUGGAUACUCUAGGAGAGAAUGAUUUUGUAAAUAUUGCUCAUUUUUCAAAGGAUGCAAGUUUUGUCAGUUGUUUUAACGACACAUUUGUUCAAGCUAAUUACAGAAAUAAAAAGAUUCUCACGAAAGCUGUAGAAAAUCUCACAGCCCAUGAUAUGGCAAAUUUUAAGGAAGGAUUUAAAUUUGCAUUUGAACAAUUUGAACUGUUCAGAAACAAGUCUAAACAAAAUGGGGUUGGUGCCCAGUGCAAUGAAGUUAUCAUGUUACUUACUGAUGGUGGAACUGAUAAUGCUAAAGAGGUUUUUGAAAAAUACAAUUGGCCAAAAAAUAAGUCGGUAAGAGUUUUCACUUAUGCCGUAGGUCCCACUGCAAAUCCUACAUCAGCUAUUCGCUGGAUGGCCUGUAGUAAUCGAGGUUAUUUUUCACAGAUUCCAGCCAUGGGUGCUAUACGAUCCAAAGUUCAACACUAUAUAGGAGUUCUAGCUCGACCUCUGGCCCUUAAUCAUUCUGAAUACAUCAAGUGGGCUGGGGUGUACCAGGAUAGCCAUGCAUUUUCUUCUCUGUUGGUAGCUUAUUGCUAUAAAAUGUUUUCUGCUAUAACUGACUUUGAUAUUCUCUUAUGUGAUUAUGAACAGAUAAUCAACUUCUCUACUCGUUAUCCAGACCACGACAACUAUGACCCCUGUCUCCUUAAUCUUUGCCUCGAGUCUGAUCCUAGCAUUUAUCCUAUCGUUUCUUCUACUCCACACGGUAACUCUGAUCACAUUGCAGUUUCUCUGGGCGAUCUUUUAACUUCUCUUAGCAACGAGCAUCUAGCUCAUCGUAACUUAACUAUCAACAAAAUGUUCUUUAUGAUUCUUUGGGGAUAA